AUUACCAACCCUCAUUUUCCUUAGGAUACAAUAAUUAUAACAAAAUUCAUACUAAAAAAUAACAUUUUAAAUUCCUUAACAUUAGGCCUUAGUAGGUACCUAUUAUUUAAAGGGGUUCUCUAUUUGUGCACAAACGAAAAAGGUUUGUUUUCUCACUACUAUUUUCAUGACAAACGGGCGGAAAGUGUUUUCCACUGGUUCGCAACGGGCGGAAAAGUGCAAAGACAGUAAACGAUUACCUACUCUUGUUGUUUGAUUAUAAUCAUAAUUACAAUAAUAUUAAAAUGAUUUACACAUAAACUGCAACAUUCUACAACACCUAAAUUGCCUUUGGGCGAUGUUUAAAAUAAAAUUAGCUAUUUAAAAGUUGAGUAGGUAUCCUAAUUACUGCUAGUUCAGUACAAUUAAGUAUAUUUACAUCAAAAAGUGAAGAGGCCACGUCAAUUUUUUUAAAGGGCAAAAUAUACGUUGUUAUGAUACACGGGGCGAAAAUUUUACCAACCCAAUCCUCUUCAAAUUUUACUAAAUUGCAAUACUAGUUAUUAACUAUAAUUCCUGUAAAGGAUUUUGCUUCAUUACCUUUGGUUAUCAAAUUACAGGGGUGCAAAGUUUAGUUUUCCUUUGACAAAAUUAAAAUCUUUUUAACAUUUUAAAAUUAAAUAUUUAAAAAAUUGUUUUUUAGCUCUUUUUUCAUUAUUUUUAAUUAAGCAAAUUAAAAAAUCUAAAAACUUUGAAAUUAUUUUUAGAUUAAUUAUUUGCUUUAAACCAUAUAAAUUUAAUAAUGGGAUGGAAAUUGUUUUAGGGAUUUUCAACUGAUUAUCUGUCAAAGUACUUGAUGUCAGAUGACAGAAAACUCAAUUUUGCUCUUAAGCUCAUCAAACAGUUAAAAACCUCGAAAAAUAAUCUCUAUCCCAUUAUAAAACAUAGGUUUUAAUUUUUUUAAUUGCAAAAUUAUUAGAUUUUUGUUUUUAUUUUUAAUUUUUUUAUUAUUCAUUAAAAGAAGAAUACCUUUAUUGGAAAGAAAAAAGAUAAUAAUAAAUAAGUAAAAUUUUAAAAAGAUUAGGUAAGUAAACAAUUUUUUCGGUGGUGGAAAUUUUGCCUUUAAUAACAUUUUAGAUCGGGAAAAGGAUUGGCCAAUAUUCGACUCUUAAUUACAAGUUAAUUGUUAAAAAAAAAGGAUUCACUUAAAUGUUUCGUAUCGCGGCUUUACAUUUUUGUUUACACCAUUGAAAGGCAGUUUCAGCGUUGUCAAUUCAUAAUUUACUAAAGUUUAUCGACAAAUUUCAAAAUUUUAGUUAAGAGAAUAAUAAAAAUUUAAAAUGGUAUGAAAUCUGUAAUUCUAAGACUUUUUAAAUAUAUUUUAAAAUUUACCGAUAAAAUUUAGUUAGUUAUGAAUUGCACCACUUUAAUUUGAAUACUCUUAAUUAGCGCUGAAAAACUAAAUUUUUUUAGCAAACUUCAAUAAAAAUUCUGCGUGCGCAGAACUUGUCUAUUUAAUGUCAUUAUAAAGUGAAAUAAGUUUGGUGUGGAUUCCAUGUCUAUAGUUAUAACUGAGUUAAUUGGCGAUUGUUCCUUUAUCUACCAAUCAGGUUUUAUAAACCUCAGUUAUCUUGAAAAGAAUUUUUUAAUGAAAAAGUUAAAAAACAAAAAAACAUGAUUUUUACUUUUAUCGACGAUAUUUUUUUAUGAUGCUGUCAAUUGGCGACGUUAAAAUGACUGGCAACAAUGUCACCUUAGAAAGAGUGACAGCAGGGUUUUUUGACAGUUUCAAGCAAAGUUUUUUGACAGUUGUAAGCAAAGUUUGUUGAACAUACAUGUAUUUUGGUGAAAGUCAUCUAUGAAUUUACUAUCAAAACAAUAACAUAUGGAGUGAGAAAAUCCUGUAAUAACAUGUUUGUGGUCUACAAUAGAGUUCAAAGGUGCUAGCAAAAAGAAUCUCUGCCUCUUCCAUUUCUUAAAAAAAUGUUAAACAGCUGAUACCAGUGUUUAAUAUGAAAAUUUUAUCAGUAUUAUUGUUAAUUAGCUGCACGUACCAAUUAACAGCAGCAUGGGACUACAUAGCUUUUGUGCAGCUAUGGCCCCAGACAGCGUGCAAAAACUUGAAAAGCAAAAACCCCAACAGAAACUGUAACCUCCCGGUAAGGGGCAAAUGGACGAUACACGGUGUGUGGCCGUCGAAUCGCAACUACCAAAGCGAGCAGUGUUCGGGGACGGAAAAGUUCGAAACCUCGAAGAUCCAGUCCAUAAAAAACGAUUUGAGUAAUUUUUGGCCAUCGGUGUAUAAUGAUAACGCGAGGUUUUGGCGGCACGAGUGGGAUAAGCAUGGAAGAUGUAGCGACCAUAUCCCUGGAAUGGACUCCGUGUUUGGGUACUUUAAGAAGAGCUUGGAAUUGAAUAGACAGUAUGAUAUAGAGAAAAUUCUAACGCGUAGCAAUAUCAAACCGAACAACCAACAACCUGUGCCUGUGAAUAAAAUAUCCGAUGCCGUCAGAUCAGCGACUGGCGGCAUUCCGAAUGUUAGGUGCCUUAAUAACGAAUAUUUAUACGAAAUUCACAUUUGUUUGGACCAAAAUUUACAAGUGCAACACUGUACCAGGAGACCAAACUGCAAAAAUGAAGUGUUUUAUUUGGACAAUUGGGGAGACACCAGAAAAGGAGACGAAGUUGAAGAUGUUAAACCUAAUGUUAUUCACGCCUCAGGGUCCACUAUUGUAGGUCUCAGUUUUAUUAUAGGAAUAUGUGUUGUUUUUUUAUUAAAAAGUAUGUAAAAUAAAACAUUUUUUUAAUCCAAAAAUGUAAUGUGAGUGUCCAAAUACGAAAUAUCAUCGUUACAAUUGGUAUUAUUGUCUGAACAAUCGAUUAAUUUGAAGGUUUUACUAAAGCAAAGCCUUAUUUCCCCUAAAUAAGAAGUGCC